AUGUCGUCUGCAGCUUGCAUAUUCUGCAAAAUCAUCAAGGGAGACAUCCCAUCCUUGAAGAUCUUCGAAAACGACAAAGUGUUUGCGUUCCUCGACAUCCAGCCAUUGAGUCGCGGCCAUGCUCUCGUCAUCCCAAAGUAUCACGGCGCGAAGCUGACGGAUAUUCCGGACGAUAGUUUGACGGAAAUACUGCCCGUCGCAAAGAAAAUCGCCAGCGCGACUGGGGCUGUUGAUUACAAUAUCCUUCAGAACAACGGCCGACCGGCACAUCAGGUCGUGGAUCAUGUCCAUUUCCAUGUGAUCCCCAAGCCCAACGAAACUGAGGGACUGGGCAUCAAGUGGCCUGCUCAGACUACUGACAUGGAGAAGUUGAAGGCCUUACACGAGGAACUAAAGAGCAAGAUGUAA